AUGGAAGAUCACAGAGAGGAAAUGGCCGAAGAACGUCAGGAGGGACAAGGACAGCGUCAAUCCCUGGCGACGGCAAAAACAUACUUCACAAAAAUGGCCAACUUGGUCAAGGAGACGGUGAAGAAAGCUGAGUUGAUUUUGGCCGAGGAGCCAGAACCACGGCGCAUUAUUAUGCUCAAAAACCUAAACAAGAAGCUGAUAACGCAACUUGUCGACGUUUCCGGUUUCAAGGAAACGAUCGAACUCAAGGUUGAAGCGUCCGCCGUAUUGAAAGCGGAUAAGGCGAACAGCAUAAAGUUGAUUGAAGAGCACUGCGGAAAGCUGAGAUUCGCAGAGUUGCAGGAAAAGGUGGCGGCGGUGAUCGAGAAGGCGGAGCGGGCGAUCGCGGCCACUCCAAUUCCGGAAGGCGAGGAGACGCCAGAAGGAGAAGAAAGAGGCCAAUCGGAGACGGAGAGCAGUAAUGAGAAUCAGCUCACGAUCGGACAGGCUCAAAGGCGUAGGGUCGGCGAAAGUAACGGAGAGACAGAGGAGUUGAACGCCCAAACCGGUCGUGGCAGGAUCGGGGAUCAGGGUGAUCAGGUCUCGGAGGAAGCCAGGAGAAGAUUGCAGGCGGCGAGAUUGGCUCCAGAGACUCCGGAACCGACCCGGCAGAUGAGCCAACAAAAGUUGAAUGAGAUGCUCAUGCGGGAGAAUGAGAUCCUUCAAGAGCAAUUGUCGGAUGUCCAGGAGAUCCUUCAGGACAGACUGAGAGGCAGAGAGAGAGCCGCAGAGCCGAGCCCGUGGGGGGGAAACAGCAGAUCACCGAUUGAACCAUCCGGUGGCGCGCAGAACAUCUCCAUAAGAGACAUGAUCGAGUCAAUCGACAAGUUCUCAGGAGAAGACCCCGAUUUGUACCCCGAAUUCAUAAACCAAUUCGAUGAACAGGUACACCACAACGGGUUCUACACGGCGGCGACGAAGUACUGCAUUCUAAAAAAAUGUCUGACAGGAGAAGCACGGAAGUUGGUGACCACUACAACUUUCACGGAGGAGGACUAUCGGAAGACCAGAGAGCUCUUGGAAGCCACGUACGCGAAAGAUCGUGUACCGAAGCUCAUGAGAAAGUUCAAGGACUUACCGAUAGACCCGAACGAUUAUAUGAGAAUGGACACAGACAUAUCCAGGCACGUGGCAAUAGCCAACCAACUCAAUCAGAACGGGGUUCCGAUGGAUCACCCGCUCAUGAUCGAUGAGUUGAUAAAGAAGUUGCCAGUGGAUAUCAUGAGCCACGUAGUGAAAAGGACGAGAUCGUCAAGAAUGACAUUCCUCCAAGUGAUCAGUGCCAUCCGUGACAAGAUCGUGGAGAAAGGCUACGUGGAACAAGCCCGAGAAGACCACAAACGAAAAAUGGAGUUGGCAGAAAUCUGCGCGGUGGGAGACAACAGAAAGUCAGAGAGCGGCCGAAAAGGGUACGGAAACAGAGAAAGACCUGAGAGUUCGGCGGACAAUCGGAAGAGCGGGUGGAAAAAAAGGGGAAAAGAUGAGAGCAACCCAAAGCCGAAGGGGGAGACGGUGUGCAGAUUCUGCGGAUCAGAUCACUACACCGCCUUCUGCUCCAUGAGCAUGGACGAGAGAAAAAAGGUGGUGGAGGAAAAGAAGCUGUGUAGACAUUGCAUCUCGAAAUACCACCCCACCAAAAAAAUGCAAAUACCCCAAGAAGUGCUAUUUGUGCCAGGAGAUGCACAGCAUGUUCUUGUGUCCACUGAGGAGAAAAAUUGGAGCAACCAGAAAAGAACAAGACCCAGUUUUUUUCGUGAAAGCUCCUCCUCCUCCCGCCAAUAA